GAUGCUAUGAAAUGCUUGUAAGUUGCUGCAGGCAUUAAUUUCACUUGUCAUGUCAGUAUUCCAGGCUAUAAGAAGAUAUGAACAUUUUGCUUUAUAACUUUGAAAAUGUUUGCUCUGAACUUGUGAACCCAGGCACAGGAAUCAUCCCCCUGCCUGUCCAGAAGGACUAUCAAAAUCAGAUGGGCUAUCAAGGAACACCGCUAUUCAAAGGAUUGAUUAAUGGCCCUAUCACACCUGAGAAAUACUAGAUCCAAGGAAUCUUGUUCUGCGGACUUGGAAGCUGAAUGAAGGAAAUCAAACAAAGACACAGGAAAAUUUCCAUCUCUCUUCACUGUUUUAACUUUGACAGGGCUAGAGACACCAAACUGAAGCCAGAGUUCCCCAGGGGUUAUUUCUUGGGUCCACCCUGAAAGACACUUUGAAUUGACAGAUCACUACAACUCUGUCACUUGUAGGAUUUAGAUGAACUUGCUUCCAGGCUCAGCAUUUGAUCUACCUUUGGGUUUGAGCUCUUAGCCAGCAUGCCUGCCGAUUACAAUGGAACAUGGGAAAUGGAAUCCAAUGAAAACUUCGACAGUUACAUGGUUGCCUUAGGCAUUGAUUUUGCCACUCGUAAGAUUGCAGGACACUUGAAACAAACGAAGGAAAUUAUUCAAGAUGGAGACAAUUUUAAGACAAAAACACUGAGCACUUUCAGAAACUAUGAACUGAAUUAUACUGUGGGAGUGGAGUUUGAAGAACAUACCAAGGGGCUUGACAACCGAGUUGUGCAGACGCUAGUGAAUUGGGAUGGUGAUAAAUUAGUAUGUGUCCAGAAGGGGGAAAAGAAAAACAGAGGCUGGACACACUGGAUUGAAGGAGAUAGACUGCAUUUGGAGCUGACGUGUGAAGACCAAGUGUGCCAUCAAGUAUUUAAGAAGAAAAAGUAAGCUGACCAGAAAGUCCAACUGGUUUCACAUGUGCUAUUAUGGUUUUUUAAAAGCUAUGUAAUGACUGCUUGACACUGCCAUGUAAGUGCAUUUCUGUGCACUGUUAACUAAGACAAACACAUCCUUUAACACUAACAUGGAAACACUUCUGUAUGUUUUAAGGUCUUUUGCCUUUCAAUCCAGAGUUAAAUAAAAAUAAUUCUCAUUCUUGUAA